AUGCAACCAUCGGAAAGCGCAGUAUGGACGAAAUUAAAACCAUGGAGAGGUGCUGUAAAAAGAGAUGAUGCUGGCGAUUUAUACCAGUGGGAUUAUACUCAUGGUGACAUUGAAGUUUAUAAUAGCAGAGGUGAACAUAAAGGCUGUAUUGAUCCUACAACCGGUGCUAAGACAAAACCACCUGUUAAAGGUAGAAAAAUAACAGUUUGA